CCGCCGCUCUCACCUCUCUUCUCUCGUCCCUCGUCUCACUCUCUCUCGUCUCACCUCCCUCCUCUUCCAGAGAUCAAACAAAAUGAAACCCUAGCCGAAUCCAAACAUGUUGCCGCUCUCCCUCUCCGUCUCUCGUCUUUCUUUCCAUUCCCUCUGCCUCUCCGUCGACGGCGACGGGGAGGGCGGUGGAACUCGUUGGCAACCCUUCUCUCUCUCGUAUCCCUAUCCUACUCUCUUUUCCUACCCAGCAAUCGAAACCAAUCGAACUUCGAAACCAUUCUCCUCUUCUCUUGCCGCCGUUAGCAAAGACGACCCGACUGAAGAAACUCCUCAGAGCUUCUCCUCUAGCCGCUAACUCUUACUCUCCUCAAUCCGCCGUAGGUCGCUGAAAAUCGACCGGGGGACCUUCGAUCUAAAGGUUCGCCGCCGGCGAAAGCGACGAUGAGCGAAAUGGUGGCCGGAGCCGACAGCGACUCAGGGUCUCGCCGCAGGCAGAGAACCAGUCCGUCGACUGAUAUUUUUGGUAGGUAUGCUUCUGAAUUUGUGGCUUGUGUAUUUGAUAUCUUAUUCUUAAUUCCGAUGCUUUAUUUUGAUUUUGGUAUGUGGGUACGUGGAGGAGGGAGCGGUGCCGCCGCCGACGCAGAAACAACUGCCACCAGCCAGAGGAAACACCAGAACCUCUCGAACCCUCCCCUUUGCAGUGACUAAACGAAGAGAUUUAGGCUUGUAGUUUGUUUUGGGCUUGAAAUGAUGAUCAAAGGAGCCCA